ACGACUAGCAGACCGACCAAAACGACGGCGACGGCCUCACCUCAAGACCUUUGAUUCAAGAUGGCCCGGGGACCCAAAAAGCAUCUCAAGCGCCUUGCCGCUCCCUCCUCAUGGAUGCUCGACAAGCUCGGCGGUACCUACGCUCCCCGCCCGUCCCCCGGCCCCCACAAGCUCCGGGAGUCGUUCCCACUCUCGGUCUUCUUGCGCAACAGGCUAAAGUACGCGUUGACGGGCCGUGAGGUGACCGCCAUCGUCAUGCAGCGCCUCAUCAAAAUCGACGGGAAGGUGCGCACGGACACGAACUACCCGACGGGCUUCAUGGACGUCGUCUCGAUUGAGAAGUCCGGCGAGCACUUCCGCCUGCUCUACGACGUCAAGGGCCGCUUCACGAUCCACCGCAUCACCCCCGAGGAGGCGUCCUACAAGCUCUGCCGCGUCCGCAAGGUCGCGAUCGGCGCGCGCGGCGUCCCGCACAUCGUCACCCACGACGGGCGCACGAUCCGCUACCCCGACCCCGCGAUCAAGGUGAACGACACGGUCAAGCUCGACCUCGAGACGGGCAAGAUCACGGACUUCGUCAAGUUCGACACGGGCAACAUCGUCAUGAUCACCGGCGGUCGCAACAUGGGCCGCUCGGGUGUCAUUGUGCACCGUGAGAAGCACAUUGGGGACUUCGACAUCGUGCACGUCCGCGACGCGCUCGACCGCACGUUCGCUACGCGUCUGUCCAACAUCUUCGUCAUCGGCGAGGGCACCAAGCCCUGGAUAUCAUUGCCGAAGGGCAAGGGUACCAAGCUCACCAUCGCCGAGGAGCGCGACGUGCGCAGGAAGCAGCGCGCGGCGGAUCAGUAAGCGAUACGGCUGGUCGCUUACCACCACCUGUCCAUAUGUGCUAUGCUUGUAUGCUUUACUUCCAUUUUAUCUCUACGAAUCAACAUGCAUUAUGGCACUGGGAGCAUUCAUCAUGAAGGGCUUCGUUGGGAGA